AUGGCUGUAUUCGAGACCAAGAGCAAUGUCUCUUCGAGCGGCGGGGAGAAGAAGCCGGCCAGCGACGUCGAGCAAGGAUUCGUGACCAAUGACGGCGCCAUCCACGAGGCCGACUUCGCAGCCAGCACCAGCACAUAUGCCAAACUCCAAACGCUGGCGGGCAAGUUGGGUGUAGAGCAGAGGGGCAUUGAAAGAGUCCCUGAAGACGAGCGAAUCAACGAUACCAUCGCCAACGUCGGAACGUUGUGGUGUUCGGCCAACAUGGUUGUAUCCUCCUUUGCUAUCGGCGUACUGGCUAUUCCCGUCUUCAAUCUCGGCUUCGCCGACACGGCUUUGACCAUCAUUUUCAUCAACUUCUUGGGAAUCAUGCCCGUCUGCUUCUUUUCGACCUUUGGUCCCGUCUUCGGAUUGCGACAGAUGGUCCUCUCCCGUUACUGGUUUGGUUUCUACACAGUCAAGCUGAUCGCAAUAUUCAAUAUCCUGGCAUGUCUGGGCUGGUCGGCCGUCAAUUGCAUCGUCGGCGCUCAGCUGUUUAACGCCGUCAACAACGACAUGCCUGGUUGGGCCGGCAUCCUCGUCAUCGCCAUUUCGACACUCAUCAUCUGCACCUUCGGCUACCGUCUGGUCCACACCUACGAGCGGUUCUCCUGGAUUCCCUGCGCCAUCAUCUUCCUUAUCGUCCUUGGGGUGUUCGCCCACUCGGGCAAGUUCAACAGCAUGCUCCCCAUGAGUUCAGGGCCCGCCGAAGCAGGCUCAGUUCUCUCAUUCGCUGCCAGCGUCUACGGCUUCGCGACCGGCUGGACUUCCUAUGCCGCUGACUAUACGUGUUACUACCCGGCGUCCACAUCUCGGAUGAAGGUCUUCCUUGUCACCUUCUGCGGCCUCUUCUUCACCCUCUGCUUCACCGAGCUUCUGGGCGCUGCCGUCAUGACCGCGAGUGUCUCCGACCCCGCCUACUCCGACGCCUACGCGGCCUCCGGCAUCGGCGGCCUGCUAGCUACCGUGCUCGUUCCCCGCCUAGGUGGCUUCGGCCAGUUUUGCCUCGUCAUCCUUGCCCUGUCCAUCAUCGCCAACAACUGCCCCAACAUCUAUUCCGUCUCCCUCUCAUUGCAGCUGCUUUCCAAGCAGACGGAGAGGGUACCGCGCUUCGUAUGGGUCUUUUUCGGUACCGGCAUCUACAUCGCCAUCAGCAUCCCGGGCUAUAACCGCUUUGAGGCCUGGCUCGAGAACUUCAUGCUCGUCAUAGCCUACUGGCUCGCUAUUUAUGCGGGCAUUAGCGUCACCGACCAUGUGGUCUUCCGCCGCGGCAUCACCGGGUACGAUAUCAAGGACUAUGAAACGCCGUCGCGUCUGCCGCCGGGGUUGGCGGCCGUGGCGGCCUUCUUGGUCGGUAUUAUGGGGGCCGUCCUCGGCAUGUCGCAGACAUGGUUCACUGGCCCUAUCGGCAAGCUUGCCGGUGGCAGCCUUGGCGGUGACAUUGGCUUUGAGCUGGCUUUUGCCUUUGCGUCGAUUUCGUAUAUAGGAUUGCGUACACUUGAAAAGCGCUUCUUCAAGAGGUAG